GGGCGCUCCGGGCCUCGAACCCGGGGCCGAUUCACGGCGGCUCCGACCACGCGGCCGGGUGCGCCGCGCCGUAGUGACGGGCGUAGUGGUCGCCGCGCUGGGGCUGCGCUGCUCCGCCAACGCCCGCGGGAGCGGGGGCGGGGAGAACGGCCCCUCUGCCGUCCCCGCCGCCCGAGGCCCCGGGGCCGCGGGGACUUUUAUUCUGACACGGCCGGCGCCCGGCUCUGCUUAGUCAUGGUGACCUGCGCGCGCUCCGCGCCUCCCCCCGGCGCGCAGCGAUGGAGGCGCCCGGGCCUGGGCGACGGAGGCGGAGCUCGAGCGCGGCCAUGGCGGGGCCUCUGAGUGCCCGUGGUGGUGUUGUCCCUUGUCACCUGGAACCCCAUGCAGCCGGAACCGAGGCCUAGCGGGGCUGGGGCCCGCACCCGAUUCCUUCCCCUGAGGUCACAGCGCCCCGAGGGGGCAGGGGACGCGGUGAUGUACGCCUCCACCGAGUGCAAAGCCGAGGUGACGCCCUCCCAGCACGGCAACCGCACCUUCAGCUACACGCUAGAGGACCACACCAAGCAGGCCUUUGGCAUCAUGAACGAGUUGCGGCUCAGCCAGCAGCUGUGUGAUGUCACACUGCAGGUCAAAUACGAGGACGCGCCGGCCGCCCAGUUCAUGGCUCACAAGGUGGUGCUGGCCUCAUCUAGCCCUGUCUUCAAGGCCAUGUUCACCAACGGGCUGCGGGAGCAGGGCAUGGAGGUGGUGUCCAUUGAGGGCAUCCACCCCAAGGUCAUGGAGCGCCUAAUUGAGUUUGCCUACACGGCCUCCAUCUCCAUGGGUGAGAAGUGCGUGCUCCACGUGAUGAACGGCGCCGUCAUGUACCAGAUCGACAGUGUCGUCCGCGCCUGCAGCGACUUCCUGGUGCAGCAGCUGGACCCCAGCAACGCCAUUGGCAUUGCCAACUUCGCCGAACAGAUCGGCUGUGCCGAGCUGCACCAGCGAGCCCGCGAGUACAUCUACAUGCACUUCGGAGAGGUGGCCAAGCAAGAGGAGUUCUUCAACCUGUCCCACUGCCAGCUGGUGACUCUCAUCAGCCGAGACGAUCUGAACGUGCGCUGCGAGUCCGAGGUCUUCCACGCCUGUAUCAACUGGGUCAAGUACGACUGCGAGCAGCGGCGGUUCUACGUGCAGGCGCUGCUCAGGGCUGUGCGAUGCCACUCGCUGACACCCCGCUUCCUGCAGAUGCAGCUGCAGAAGUGCGAGAUCUUGCAGGCGGACUCCCGCUGCAAGGACUACCUGGUCAAGAUCUUCCAGGAGCUGACCUUGCACAAGCCCACGCAGGUGAUGCCCUGUCGGGCGCCCAAAGUGGGCCGGCUCAUCUACACCGCCGGCGGCUACUUCCGCCAGUCGCUCAGCUACCUGGAGGCCUACAACCCCAGCGAUGGCACUUGGCUCCGACUGGCAGACCUGCAGGUGCCUCGCAGUGGCCUGGCGGGCUGCGUCGUGGGCGGGCUGCUGUAUGCCGUGGGUGGCCGGAACAACUCGCCCGACGGCAACACCGACUCCAGUGCCCUGGACUGCUAUAACCCCAUGACCAACCAGUGGUCACCCUGUGCCCCCAUGAGCGUGCCGCGCAAUCGGAUUGGGGUUGGGGUCAUCGACGGGCACAUCUAUGCCGUGGGUGGCUCCCAUGGCUGCAUCCACCACAACAGUGUGGAGAGGUAUGAGCCAGAGCGGGACGAGUGGCACCUGGUGGCCCCAAUGCUGACUCGAAGGAUCGGGGUGGGCGUGGCUGUCCUCAACCGUUUGCUCUAUGCCGUCGGGGGCUUUGACGGCACAAACCGCCUCAGCUCAGCCGAGUGUUACUACCCAGAGAGAAACGAGUGGCGGAUGAUCGCACCCAUGAACACCAUCCGAAGUGGGGCAGGAGUCUGUGUCUUGCACAACUGUAUCUAUGCUGCGGGGGGCUACGAUGGUCAGGACCAGCUGAACAGCGUGGAGCGCUAUGAUGUGGAGACAGAAACGUGGACUUUUGUAGCUCCCAUGAAGCAUCGGCGAAGUGCCCUGGGGAUUACUGUGCACCAGGGAAGAAUCUACGUUCUGGGAGGCUACGACGGUCACACGUUCCUGGACAGUGUGGAGUGUUAUGACCCAGACACCGACACCUGGAGCGAGGUGACCCACAUGACAUCCGGCCGGAGCGGCGUGGGUGUCGCCGUCACCAUGGAACCCUGCCGAAAGCAGAUCGACCAGCAGAACUGUACCUGUUGAGCCACUUUUGUUUCUUGGGCAAAAAAACGGUCCGAUUGAGAGUACUGUUGUUUUUGUACAAAAAAACAGGGGCAACAGAAAAGGCGCCAGAGCAAAUGCUUAUCCUCCAAGACGGGAGGCUGAGAUGCCUCAGUGUUAAAAUGACAAGCAGAGAGAAAAGAAGGCCCGAGUGGGACCCACGAGCCUGUCAGAGUAGUCCCAGGAAUGUCCAAGAGAGCCCUUCUGGGCAGGGGAGGCAUGAGGGCAGGCUCCCAGGAGAGAGGCCCCUGCACCCUCUACCUGAGAAUAGGCCCGGGGCCCAUACCAGCAGCCGCCACCUCCCCUCGGGGUGAAAGCAGGUGCCGAGGCCGGCCCGUUUUUGUUCCUUGUGUCUUUGUGAUUGGUUCCUGGAGGCCUGGGAAGGAGCUGACUGAGGCCUCGAGGGGUGAGGCCUCUGCGGAGGUGUGGACCCCAGGGAUGGUCCUGUACAUAGAAACCACUGGAUAUCUCUGCCCUGGACAGUCAAUUUUGUUGAUAAGUAACCAUAUAACUUUCCAAUGAAAAUAAAGAACAAACUAACUAGUGUCUUCCA